AUGUUGGCAUUUGCGUUGAAACGUGCCGCACUUCAUCGUGGCGGCAUAUCGAUGAAGAUUUUUUCGUUGCUGUCCGUUUUUGGUGGUGGCGUUUUCUUGGCCACAUGCCUUCUGGAUCUGUUGCCGGAUGCGGUCGAGGGGAUUCGGAGUGCCGAACGAAUCGCCAAAGUCGAUAUCAAGUUCCCAAUCACUGAAUUGCUCGUCGCUUUCGGUUUCAUGUUUGUCCUCAUUAUUGAGCAGGUUCUUUUUUUGCUGUCUGGUUCAUUUAAACUUGUUUUAUGA